AUGCUUCGAGCCCGCCGCCUCGUGACCCUUUGGCAGCGCGCGCAGCCGCCGGCGGACGCAAGUCUGCAGCGCCUGAGCCUGCGCCUGGCGCGCGUGGACGCCGCGCCCGCCGCCUCCGUGCUCGCGCAGCAGCAGCGACGCUGGCUGACCACUGAGAAGUCCGCGUUCGAGACCGACGAGGCCAUGGCCAAGGUGCUGGAGGAGCUGGACACGUUCCGCGAUAACGGCAAGUGGCGCCAGGCGCUCAAGCUGCUGGACCGCGUGGACAAGGACGCGGAGCUGCCGUCUCUGGACUCCGCCAUGUACGAGCGCGCCAUCGCCGCCUGCGCGCGCAUGGGCAAGGUGGAGGUGCUGCCCGGUCUGCUUAACAACAUGCUGGUGGACGACCUGACGCCCACGAGCGCCACCAUGGACUUCAUCAUCCAGGCCUACCUGGCCAAGGAGCACUGGGGGCUCAUCGUGCAGCUGGCCACCGAGUCCACCGCCAUGGGCGUGCAGCUGUCGCCCGCCGCCUUCCACGCCAUCAUGGAGGCCUGUGGACAGGUCAAGGACGCCGACAGCGCGCUCAGCAUCAUGAAGCAGCUCAGCGGCGCCGGCAUGCAGAUGACCACCGACCACUACGCAGCGGCCAUUCGCGCGGCCGGCAUGGCCCGCCGACCGGAUACGGCCAUGGCGCUGUUCGUGCAGAUGGAGGAGCACGAGAAACUACCGGACGACGGACAGGCCUUCAGCCAGCUCAUCCGAGCUCAAGUUAUCAACGGCGAACUGGAGCGGGCGCUGCAAAGCUUCGCCACCGUCACGCAGCGUGGCUUGUCGCUGGAUGAGCCCAUCUACACGUGCACGAUCGAUGCCCUCGUGACGCACGGCAAGCACUGGCAGGCGACGCGUCUCUUUGAGCAGAUGCUGGAGAGCGGCGAGAAACACCCGAGCAUCUUUUGUCUGGGCCGCGCCAUGUUGGCCUACACGGGCGCGAACCGCAGCCAGCACGCGUGGGCUUGCUGGAACAAGAUCGUGGAGAUGGACGAGGCUAACCCGGUCCCCAUGAAGUACAACAAGAUGCUGCAGGGACUGACGCACGCCAAGGACACUCAUCUCGCUGUGGAGGUUUUCGAUCACAUCCGGAAGCUGUUUGAUCCCAGCAAGAUCCACCAGGGAGCAUACACGACUGCUAUUCGCGCGCACGGACGUUUGGGCAACACUCAGCGAGCUGUUGAUUUGUUUGAUGAGUACGUGGAGAGCUGCAAGGAUACCAGGAGGGUAUCUCGCUAUGUUGGCAUCUACCUGGCGCUGUUCAACGCGCUCUCGCGUGACACUGUGCGUGAUCCGGCACUCAACACGCGUGACGCCAAGCGCGCGUGGCAAAUUAUGUCCACCAACGUGCCAGUCGUUCUGCCGCCUGCAUACGCUAGUCUUGCGGGUGUCUUUGCAAGUACUGGCGAAAUGGAAACGCUCGAGGAGCUGAUUGCGCACGCUGAGAGAAGCUGGGGCGUUACGGCCGAGGAGAUGCAGCAGCAGCAGCAGCAGCAGGAGGAUCUUGUUGAUGAAGAUGGUGAUGAGUUGGAGGCGGUUGCUGUUUUCGAGGGCGAUGAAGUGGAAGUUGGCAGCAGCAACGAUGUACUGCUGUUUAACGGCGUGAUCAGCGGCCUGUGCAAGGCUCGUGACGACCAAACGGAGAACAUCGAGGCGUACUUGGAGAUGAUGCGUUCGCGGGGCCUUCCUAUCACGGAUUCGAUCGUGCGCGCGACGACGGAUGCAUGCGUCCGCUUUGAGAAUUGGACUCUGAUGCGCAAGCUGAUGCGGAUGGUGGAUGUGGACGCGCUAAAGAAUGCCGAGUUAUGUACUGGCGACACCGUGUCGAAGAUACUUGAAGCCGGCCAUUGGGCAUUGGGCCGUGAGUGGCUUAUGUUCUGUCAUCGCCAUGGACUGCACCCCCCUGUGCGCCGAAAAAUGGAGCUACUGCACGAAAUGUCGGAAAAGAAGAGCAAGGAGUGGAGAAUUGCAUAUUCGCUGGCGACUGAGACGAUGUCGUUCCGUCGCCUAGUGCAGAACAACGUGGAUAGCGUCGCCGAUGCCUCAGACGUGUGCAUGAAUGCUGACCGCUUGGACUUGGCUAUUAAGCUCUUUGACUCAGUAGCGGGUCAUUCGUCGCUGCGUUACUUCCGCAACCACCAGCGCCAAAUGAACGUCGACCAAGACGCGACGCGGACCUUGAAAUCCAACGUGGAGCCGCUGGUGAUCCCGCUUCGGAUGUACAAGAACGCCAUUCUCUCGCUGUUGCGGCAGCCUAAACCCGAAAACGACGACGUGGAUGACAGCUGGCGCAUGGUCAAGGCCGAACGGAUCUGCAGACAAAUGCUGCAGGUGCAUGGCAAGAACCUGGAUGGCGACGCUCUCUCCAUGGCCAUCUCGAUCAAGGCCACUGCGGGUGACCACGACGAUGUCGGAGCGCUGUACGAGUCGAUGCGCGCGCUGGGACUGAAGCCCAACUCGUAUGCGCAAAACGCAGCAAUUGUUGCGUUUUCGCGUCAGCGUCGCACGGACCAAGUGCUCGCUAUCCGCGACGAUUUAAUGGCUACGCGUGAUGAGAACGGAAAGAUCGCGCGUGUUGAGUCGAAUGUGGCCAGGUCCUUGAUGCUGUCGCUUGCUCUGGCUCACGAGAACGAAGCUCUUCGCGAUGCUGCGAUGAACCUGCCCGGAUGCACCAUGGACAUGGCGUUGGACGCGUUGGUGAGCACGAAUCGGGCCACGGAUGCUGUAGAGCUUUUCGACGAAACCACGCGCGCGGACGUGUUCGAGUCUCUGUUCCACGAACUCUGCAAGUCGGGCAACCCUGUGUAUGGAGCUGCGCUGUUGCUCAAGUACGGGCGGCUGCACGGCCUGUCCGAGGUGCACCCCAACCGCGUUAUCCGCGUCACCAACGCGCUCGUCGAGAAGGGAGACCUCAUCGAGGCCGAGAAGCUGCUGCAGAUGUACUUGGACGGAACCCAUGGCGUCUCUCUGAAGCAGACACCGCCGUACUUCCAGCAACAUGCCAUGGAGAUGCUGCUUUUCAUUUAUGGAGAGUUCGGCCACUUCGAUGCUAUGCGUGAUCUGUUUGAGAAGGAGCUGCUGGCGUUCCCGCUUGAGGUCGCGCACUACGAGGCAGCGAUGGAGUACUGCGCCCAGUCGCGCGACGAGCUCGCUGGUGCUGUGGCCAGCCUGAAGCUGUUCGAGAUGCUUCGCACGCAUGGUUUCAUCCGGCCAAGCGGCUACACCUACCUGCUGACCCUGCAGAGUUGCCUGCGCCUGGAGAGGCUUGAACCGUCGAACGCCACUGCGGUGAAGUCGACUGGCCAGAUCAUCCUCGACGACGUGCAGGAGCACGGUUUCCAGGCAGCUGUCGCUGGAGAGCUGGCCAAGCAGGUCGCGUCUACGCUCAAGCAAGUGGCGCGCAAGGAGAAGAAGGUGAUUCGUCGUAUCGGCAAGUCGGGAGACUCGGAUCGAUCGUCCGAGGCCGGCAUCAUGAGCCCGGUGGAACUGGCGCGCAUUGCGCUCUUCUGCCACCGCCACGGCAUGCCGAUCACGGCGGAUCUGGCGGGCAAACUGCUCAAGCUGCACCAGCACCUGCCGGCCAUGAUCUCGAACGAGUUGGCCUUCGUCAAGCGCUCUCUCGAGGAGGGACUGGGUGUCGUGGCCGCUCCUGGCUCGCGGGUCGACAGCAUUCCCACGCGCGUCAUGAAGGCGAAGAAGAAGGCUGCCGCCCCAAAACCCAAGGCCAAGCGCGCGGCCAACCUAUUUGGAUCGAAUCCUGGCCAGAGACGUCCCCGCAGCAAGAGCUACGAGGCGGCUGUGCGCGCCGCCACGGACGCGCGGUGGGGUGUUGUGCUCGAGCCGCUCGCGACGGACAAGGAGUAGAGCACUAGAACAAUCCAGGUAGUCACUGCCUAUAUGUAUUUACGCACCUAGACAGCUAGAAGGCCUAAGCAGCCCAAUAAAUCAUUCGGACAUUCGCAAUCGC